AGUGUUCAGUGUGUGCUAAAGCUUUUGAAGUGCCAAUACUACUACUAUACGGCCUGCGCCAGUAGUGACAGAGUCGCGGGGCCGCGCCGACGUCUGUCGAAAAAAAGACGUUUUCCAAAAGAACAUUCUGUACGUUUUCAAGAAAGGAUGAUAUAGUGCUAAUAAAACAGUGUGCUGUCAAGAUAUUGGUUUCGAAAAGACGUACAAAAUGAAAUAAAAGUUAAUCCAUGAAAAAGACGGCGUGACAUCACACAGGCCAUGAAAAGGUUGAAAUGACACAGCCCAGCUGAAGCUAGCGCUAUGGUCGCUCCUAGCGCUCCCACGCCACCAUGGCCGACGAAGAGAAACUUCCGAUACCCCCAACAUUUCUCGAGAAACUAUUAUUCUACACAACAGCUACUUUCGUUCUUUUGGCUACCUUCAGUCUGUUUGCUUUCCUCUUUCUCGUACCAUUCGUCAUAGAGCCCGCCUUCACAACUAUAUUUAUGCAGUUCGAUCCGGUCGGAGCAUUAUGUGUGACCGCACAGGUCAAACACCUCGUGGGAGCCAGCAACUGCACCUGGGCUUCUUGUAGGGAAGGCUGCACCAAAGAUCUUUACGAGUGUACCCAGAUAAGAGUCAACUACAAACUUGGUGCAUCACCUAACGUUUCAGCAACAGAAUACGAAAACCUCAUCAGAGCCGAAAGAGCUAUAAGAGAAUACGAAUACGAGAACUACGAAGCAGCAGGAGACAAAAAUUAUUCAGAAAUGGCGGAGGAAACGGAGUUGGCCGAUGCGUUACCAACUGGCCUUCAGGGCAACGACUCGGAGUGGUACUUUACCGGUGCCCGUCUGUUUCCCAACGUCAAGGGCUGUGGAUACCCUCCAAUAUUAAAUUGUACAAUAUUCCUAUCCAAGUAUAGACCUUUAGGUAACAACUACACAUGCUACUACAGCCGGGUGGACCCCGGUUUAGUCAUAACAGACCUCGAUAUGUGGCAGAACACUUUAAACCUAGUAUAUGCGAUGGCAAUCCCGAUACCGUCUUUCAUUAUUUCUGUGAUCUAUUUGACAUUUGCUUACUUCAAGAUAUAUAACACUGAGGAGGAGUCUGAGCAAGCGCCUCUGCAGAGCGAUGCUGAAGGCAUGGCCACAGGAGAUGACGAGAAGCCAACGACCCCGGGCAGCGACACAUUCAGGGAAGACCUGGCCUGCUUCGGUCAUCAGUUAAAAAUGCAGCUGGCAAACGAGAAGUCCAAGGAAGGCUUCGAGUCAAAUAGUCCACCAAUUUCAAAUUCGGCUUCGCUAUCUGGGACCAAGUCAUCCUUCGUGAACGCCUAGUGUGAUACCACAUCACAGCCGAGAUGACAGGAUUCCUGAAGAGUGGGUGUCGGCUACAAAGUGUAUCACGAGAUGAGGUGAAAGAUCAUACCGCGAUUGGACGAACUCGACUAAUUGUGAUCGAAGACUUCUAGUCGGAGCGACACUCCACUCGUACUCAACCAAAGGAGAAAUUAGGAAGAAAGUAUGGACGAUAGAAAUUUUUAUAAAGCGUUGUGAACUUGCAGGUUUCGUGGUAACAUUUUCUAUUUCGGAAAAUUACGGGAGUGUGUUUGUUACUCUUCGUCCGUCGAGCGUGAUGUGAUACGGCGGUUCCGUUCAUUGUAACCCAAUUUAAGGCAUAUUCGAUCGAUUGAAUUAUUUAUUUACACAUUCGUUCGGCACGGUUUAAGCCGUCAAAUGAAUUAUACAUAGCCUUUCCUUUUCAGCCGGUCAAACUUAUGGAAUGUUAACAAAUGACCGACAUAUGACAUUAGAACAAAAAAGUAGAUUUUUUACUUAUACGCCCAUGAAUAAUUUCAAUCAAGGUAGUCAAGUAGAAGGGUUCACCUUUCACCGUAUGUAUGGACUAUCCAUAUUAUAAUGAGCCUAGUUUAAUGUGCAACUGUUCGAAUUGAUAAACCUUAUUUUUACCUUCAAAGGAAAGUAAUGUCUUGAAAUCAUGGAUCAGUCAAGUCUACAUACAUGGAUCAUCAGUAAAGAAACUAUUAAGGAGAAAAUUAAUUUUGAAAUCAGCACAUACCUAGAUAAUAGUUGCGUAAUAUUGAAUUUCAGUGUUAGUAUUUUUUUGUUAAAAUUAAAUCAAAUACUUCUAAGGUUAACUUUCAUAAAAGCAAAACGCCGCAGCAUUUUUUGUUUAUUCAAUACAAGUGUUAAUAUAUAUCAAGUGUUCCAUCAAAAAUAAAUUCUAGUAUGCUCAGUUUUGCUCAAUGAACGCAUUGUUUCCGCUAAGAAAAUGUUACUGUGAAAAACGAAUUAUAUUAGAAAUAAAAGAUUUUAUCUCCUAUAUAAUUAUAAAAAAAUAAGAUUUUAUUAUGCUCGUAUGCUACUGGUGUCAAAUGCACGCGUGCUGAUUAUAAAAAAUGUUGAAAUACAUAUAAAAAAAUAUAACGUGAGAUAAUAGGUAAGGAAUCGCAAGCUGUUUACAAUAAUUAUAAUAUUUAUGAAUUGUUAAUUUUGAUAGGAAUACAUUAUUUUUAUUUGAUUGCAUAUAAAGAAUAAAGUAUAUUAAUAAAAUAUAUAAACACAUCGACUAUAAAAAAAAUAUUAUUUUAAAUAUUAGUCAAUGAUUCACAGUACAACUUCAUAAUAUCAUUUUAGUUGUAAGUGUAGUUAAUUUGUAUAACCAUUUUUCAUAUAUUUUGUAUCUUUUGUUUCAAUAUUGAAAAUAUGAAUACCUAAUUAAAACAACAGCAAAUAUUGUAAUCGUAAAUACUGCCCAAAAUUUAAUAAUACUCGUAUACCUACGAUAUGUAUGAAACAUAGUUGGUAAUUAAUAAUUUGUAAAAUACUGAAGCCAUAUAAAAAUGUAGUUAAAGUGCAACUGCAAAUAACGUUAAGUAUUCAAUUGCUGACUUUGGGAAUACAGAAAAUAAAAAAUAGGAUUAAAUGUUACAUUAUGAAAUCCUUGUUUGUACAGCCAGAAUUUUUAUUAUAUUAAACGAAUAUCAAGUACCAGUUCUCUGAAGUGAAUUAGCUUCUAAUCCAGUUAAAUUAUAGCUAAAUUUAUUUAGUCAUUAAUUUGCGAGAUGGUCUUUGUUGGUCUUUGUAAUCAAUCACUUAACAUUUAGUUCACCGGAAUAUAAGCUUGCAUAAAUUAUAAAAGCUACAUGUCCGUAAUUAUUUUUUAGAAACAUACAUAAAAUGAUCUUAAAACAUGAAACCGUACCCAAGUAACGACAAACGUCCAGAAAACGUCACUAUCUUAUUACCAAAAAUGUAGACUGCCCUGUACAUAUAGGUACCUUAAUCUUAUAGAGAUUACCCCUACAUCUGAGACUACACGUACCUAUUACAUGUGCAAUAUCUGGUUACCACACUGUCAUCUUUAACAUCUUUUAUUGCAUUUACCUAUGACUAAAUUACUUAUGCAUACGCGAACGAAAUCGCGGGCAGAGGCUUGCAAUUACUAUAAUUUAUUAUAAUUAAAUAUAACAAAGAAUCUUUACAAACACCUUUUGUUACCUCGCUCUUGUGUUUUACAGUUUUAUAACCACUUUUUAAAUAGUAGCUAAAAUUGGAAAAGGCAAUUUCAGAUUCCGUUUUAUUAUGCCCAAAAUAAAAUAAUUAUAAAACAUAAUUAAUUAUGAAUAUUGUUAUUCAUAUAAAAUUAAGUCCGUUUAAGAGUAAACUGAAGUGAUUUAAAAAUUUCUUGUAAACACAAGACAAUAAUAUUUUGCACUAAACUUAACCUUACUAUACAGUUCAUCCAAAUAAAACUACCAUUUUCAACAUUUUCACAAAAUGUUAAAUUGUUUUACCUACAACAAUUUAACCUACAACAAUUACUUCUCGGUAAAAAGUUAUAUGUAUAGAUUUAUUAGUGAAUAUAAUAUACUCACUGCAACCACUGCGCUUUCCCCCAUAAAAAUGAGACUUAAGCAAAAAAAUUUACUCUAGUGUAAAAUAGUGUGUUCCAACUUCGGCAAACGGUGCUAUCACCUAUUUCAUUACUUGUAUCUACUUGGCUUUUGAUUUUAAAAACACCUCAUUGAAAUAUCUAAUCUGCGUCUGCACCACCAUGCUACCUAAUUAAAUAGCCCUGCCUGCAAUGCUUGUAUCGAUUGUACUGUCCUGCAUUUCACCUUUUAAAAAAUUCAUACAUUCCUAACAAGUUACCGCAAUAAUUCUACCGUAAACUGUCAACCGAUUAGUCUUUUCACACUUAAACAGAUGUAUAGAUACUUAUAUAUAUAUAUAUAUAUAUAUAUAUAUAUAUAUAGAAAUUCAUUAUCAGGACAAGCUGCACCUAAAUGAUCAAAAAAUUCAUAUAAAAUGAAAUAUAUUUCUAUUUUAGAAAAUUUUGAUUGUAAUAUAAAAUUGAAACUUGGCAUAUUAAAUAUAUCUCUCCGUUGUUUAAUUUUUUAUUUAAAUUAAAUAAAAAUAUAACAACAAAAGGCUUGUGAAUAAUGCGAUCAAUCAUGAAUACAUAAAUAUGCGAAAGACAAAUUUUAAUAAAUUAGCGUGCAUUUUCUGUGUCCUUAAUUUUUAAUUACGGGACCAGGUUUUUUGGGCAUAACUUUGGUUCUGUAAAUACUAUAAGAGACGUAUGAAAGCGCAAAGCAAUUAUUAUUGUUGUUGACAACAAACUGUAUUAAGAAACAUACGCUGGAUAUAAAACUACGGUACUGUUGAAUAUUAUAAAAUCAGUUAUCAGCGAAAUACCCACUGCCAGAUUCGAACUUUAAGAUACGUCAAAUAUUACUUCUAGAUAGGAUAUGGAUUUAUGAAUUAUAUAUGUCAGUGUCGUUGUCAAAAGUGACGUUUCUUGACACAAAAAGGCUCUUUUGACAUUCUAAUCCAUAUCAUAUCUAGGAGUAAUAUUUGACGUAUCUUAAAGUUCGAAUCGGGCAGUUAAACAAGAUUACCACUUAGACUGGUAACGUGUUAGAUUAUGCUAAAUCCUACGCACAUGUAUAGAUAGAUAUAAAGUUUUAAGAAUUAAUUAUAAAAUAAAACUAUGCUUUCCACGUUUCAAAUGUUGUUUAAAUAUAAAUUAAGCACAUAUUAAAAGUUGGUUUUGUAUUUUAUAAGUUCUUAUGUUAUUUAAAAUGGUUUUUGGUACGAAAUGGUAAUUUUAAAGAGGAAAUGUUGUUGGGGUUAUGUAUGUAACACAAAGUAAUAUUUAAAAUAAAGUAAGUACUAGGUGACAAAAUAUUUCAAGUUCGACAAUGUGAUAUACUCGAACGAAAGAAAAGCAAUCGAUCAAAUUUGUCGUUGCCGAGUUUUUAUUCAUACCAGAGACACUGUUCUUCACUUGGCAAACUGUCAGUCUUGAUUGAUUGCAAAUUUAUUCUGAAUAUGUAUGUUUGUUAUCAAAAUAUGCAUAGUUUUAUAGACCAGAAGUAACCAAAAUUAUGAAAUUUUGAAUUCAGAUAUCCUUCAAGCAAACCAAAUGUACCUAAUCGUGAAACCGUUGAAGUUCCGAAUUAUUUAACCGCCGUUAAAAACACCGUCAAUCGUCCUGGUUUAGCCUAGCCCACCGUUUUGGAUAUAAAGCAAUUUUGAGAAAAUAAGCAUGAUUUUGACGCUUUUUCGUUGAGUAACCGUAAUUUAAAAUAUGUCGUUAAAUUUAUGUUUUUGAACUAAUUAAGAAAUAUUUUUGACAUAGCUUCAUGAUAAUAUUUCUAAAUUCGUAUAUAAAAGUGUGGUGACAUGCAAAAUACUUGAUAUUAUUUAUAUCGAUUUUAACCUUCUUUUUUUUUUAAAUCUAGCUUUAAAAUGUAAGUGAGAACUUGAUAAGCAAUUCGUCAAUAUCAUAUUGUAAUCUAAUGUCAAAUUAUUUUUUAGAUUAACCAUUUUUAAUUGUUUAACCCUGCGAUUUCUUGAAAUUUUGGUUGUGUGUUUAGACGUAGCGAUUUAAGUGAUAAUAUAAAUUGCAACAGCUUGUGAAAUUGCAACGUGCUGUUCCCGCGUUGCUUGAAACGUGAUGUCCUAUAAAUAAUGUUGUAAGUGGGUGCAAAUAAUUGCAGUGAGCGGUCCAAGGUAUGCUCGCUUUUGUCUAAUAUAGGUAAUUAGAUAUAUACCGACGCUUUACCUUAAACUUUAUUUUACCUAAAAAUAUGUGAAAUGCCCGCGUUUGUCAACAUACUUAUUUUAGCAAAGCAAAAAAAAAUACGGUGUUCAUUUUUUUUUGUAUCACUAUAUUGUAUCUUUAUGUAAUUUCUAUCAACGAUGGUACCUAAGUUUACUUCUGGUGAUUUAGAUUAGCUUACAUAAACUUUGUUUAAUGAAAUGGAGCAGACGUUAUGGGCAUUGCUAUUUUGCAAUGUCACUUAUUUAUCCAUGUGACCAAAUAGUUCGUUUUGCAUGAAUAGAAAUUAAUCGUAGUGCGUCACAAAUAAAAGUAUGUACUUAUCUAGUAAGUAGUAUUUGAAAUAGAACAGAACAGAAAAAUUAAUGUCUAAGUUAAACACGUGCUAAAAUGUGAUAUUCGGUAAUUUUCUAUUCAGGCAGACGAAAACUAGUCCAUGAACGGAAACUAGUGCAAUGACCCUAUCAAAUCGAACCUAAUGUGUUAUCUGCAGAGUUAUAGGCCGAGUUGCCUACAGAAGUGCCUCGCACUUGACUGCGCGACCCAACGUGCGUGCGCAUGCGCAUCUCACCAUAUUAUUUCGUGUCUUCUAGUAUGUAGUAGAGUAAAUUUUGUGGCCUCUCGGUGUAUUCUUUGCAUUAAUGGGUCUUUUUAACUUAUAGACCUAUAUGACCUAUAUUCGUAGUCUCAAAGGCUAAAGUCUUAAUAUUUUUACAUUUAUGUGUCUUUAUUUUCGCUAGAUACUCUAGAUAGAGAAUCAAUAAUAAGAUUAAUGAAUAAAAAGCAUACACUUAAUGUAAAUUCAUCUUUAUGGAAAUAUGAAGAAAUAUAAUAAUUAUUAAGAAAAACUAAUUAUAACGCAUAUUUUUAUUUUAUUUAUGUCAGAUAUGUUCAAUAAACGACUGAAGCGACUUGAAGCUUUUUGGCUUAUGACAUGAAUUAUAACACUUUUUAUGUAAAUAAUAAUAUUAUAAAAAAUAAUAAUAUCUAUCAUCUACAUCCAUUGAGACAGGUAAAUGUUUUACAUAGAGAAAUGAAAUAGAUAUAUCGAGUCAGCAUUAAUAGAUAGAAAUGUCCACUUAGGUAUAAUUUGUAAAACAAAGAAAACUCAAUAUUUGUUGCAAAAAUUUAGAUAUCUGUAAAAUGAAUAGAAUUAAGGCAAUACUAUUAGUGCGGCGAUUGUCAAGCAAUCCACACAGGCUUUCACUGUUGUAAAAAAAUCCAACUGGAAACAUUUUGUACCUCUACAUUGAAAAAUUAAGUCAGUUGGGACAAGUGUGCCAAUGUGACAAAUUCGCCUGUAGAUUUUACUUUGCGUUGGUAACUGCUUAGAAGCUUCUAAAGUUUCUCUAACUGCCUCACACUUUUCUUGUUACAAACUGCAGUCGCGCGGCUUUCUCUUCGAACUUGGCCGGAGACACUGCCGUGGUCUCGAUAGGACUUUUCCGCACUAAUAAACUUAUGCUUCAGAAGUGUGCAUUUAUACUUCCUUUUUUGGCAAUUAGAAAUAACUCUGUAGUAGCAAGCAUGAGGUUACAUUUACAUUGGGCCCGAUUCCAACUUUUUAAGAUACGUCAGUUAAUAGAUCUAGAAAAGAUAUGGAUUAGAAAUAUCAGUGUCAAAUGUGACGUUUCUUCAAACAAAAACACCACUUUUGACACUGACACAUCUAAUCCAUAUCGUUUCGAGAUCUAUUAAUUGACGUAUCUUAAAGUUCGAAUACGGCAAUAUAGGUACGAUUUAAAAAUGACAUAAUCUCAAAUCUCAAUCAUCACGAUUAUUCCCCAUUAUCUAGUACAACAUUUUAUCGCAUACAGUGCCUAUUAAAAUUCUCACGCUUAGGUAUUUCUGAAGUGUUCUUUUUCAUACCAGAAAAAAAGUACGGUCGAAAGUUUUAAUUUAUGACCCCUUUUGUACCUUGUCCCAGUGACAAUUAAUAUUGUGACGUGUCUCGAGCGACUUUCAUAUUGAUUGUCACUGUGACAAGGUCCGAAAAGGGUCAUAAAUUAAAACUUUCGACUGUACUUAUAAGUUCGGUUUAUGGGUUAUCAUGAUACAAUCAACUGUUAUAAAACUAAAUCAACUAAUCUAAUUGCAGAACCAGGCCCUAAUUUAACCACGGCUACAAUUGUCAGUGACAUACGUCGAGCGACAAUUGUCAAGCGACAGGUGACAUAUUACAAUUUUAUAAAUUAUUUUCUAUAGAUAUACUUACGAACAUGACAGGCAUUUUGCUACAUUUGUAUGUAUUACAAUUAUGUUGUGAAACCAUUCGACCCUCUCAGCAAAUAGCUACCCUAUUACAUGUUCUUAAUACCAAAAUUGCAUAAUCUGACAGAUGGAUUUACCCGAGUUUGAAGUUAAGCGACUCAAUUGUUAGUGAAUCUUGAUAGGAAAUGAGUUAUAUGUCGGAAUUUCGUGACAAUUGUCGUGUUUCUUGUGACAAUUGUCAUAAACUUAGCAAGAGAAAUAUCUGUUUUUUUCCGAUAUAAUAAAGUUUUUUUUUAAUAAUACAAUACUUAAUGGUGGCAAACAGGAAUACGGCCCGCCCGAUGGUAAGCGGUAACCGUAGCCUGUGACGUCAGCAACAGUGAUGUUUUACAAUUGUCGCACCUGUCACCGUGGUGAAAUUGGGGCCAGUCUUAGCUGACGCCCAUCCGUAGAUGGUAUUAAGAUACAACAGUAAAAGCCUGUGUAUCAUUUUUUAAAGUACGGCGCUCUUGCUAAAAUGCGAAAUGUUUAAAUUACUAGGUAUCCAUCGUAUGCGUUUUCAUUCAUUUGGAACUGUUGCCUUAUGACGUUUUGUACAUAAAAUAAAUAAAAAAGUUAGUAGGAAAUAAACCACACGUAUUGGCUUCGA